UUUUCAGAGUACAGGGGACUCCUCUCUGCAACAUAUUUCCCUAUCUAGUCUUCUCCGCCUGCGGUUAGAGCUACAGGGCUGACAACUGUUAGCAGUGUGUUAGUUUAGUACAGUUAGAGAUGGCUGGUCAUAUUGUUGCCUUCUGAGCUCGGCGUUGUUCGUAGUUACAAAGUGUUUCCGCCGCAGUUUGAUCGGCUCCGGCUGCUCGGUAAGGGACAGCUUGCAAGCUAACAUUAGCCGAUAGCCUGUGGUAGAUUUACGGGCUUAUAUCCGCUGCUGUACUGCCAGGUAAAUAAGCUAAAGCUGCUCAGCCACAAUGUUUCUCUUGUUUCAACCCUUUCUCAGUGUUGACAUUAAUAAGUAAUUAAUUUGUUCUGUGAAGCUCUAUUUGGCUUGUGCGCUGGUUCGGCCUGUUUUUUUUUUUUUUUGUUUUGUUGUUGUUGUUUCCGAGUCUCUGCAGAAAGGAGAGGAAAAGAAAAGCAGAAGUCGUUGGGGCUAGGCUGUUUGGUUAGCCAGGCUAACGUAGACGCUUCGGGGUAAACAAAAGCGUCAGCUGCUGACUCCGGAUUAUCGUGAAAGCUUCACAAACCAGUAUGGCGCAACACGACCCCUCUCAUGUAGCCAGCUCACAAAAAGCCCUGAUGUUGGAAAUGAAGAGCCUUCAGGAGGAGCCUGUUGAGGGAUUCAAGAUUACUCUGGUGGACGAGGCUGAUCUGUACAACUGGGAAGUGGCCAUCUUUGGACCACCGAACACUCACUAUGAAGGAGGAUACUUUAAGGCUCGGAUCAAGUUCCCUACAGACUACCCAUACUCUCCACCUGCUUUCCGCUUUCUCACUAAAAUGUGGCAUCCCAACAUUUAUGAGAAUGGGGAUGUGUGCAUUUCCAUCCUGCACCCGCCAGUGGACGACCCACAGAGUGGAGAGCUGCCUUCAGAAAGAUGGAAUCCUACCCAGAAUGUCCGAACCAUUUUACUAAGUGUGAUCUCACUGCUGAACGAGCCCAACACCUUUUCCCCCGCCAACGUGGACGCCUCGGUCAUGUACCGCAAAUGGAGGGACAGCAAAGGCAAGGACCGGGAGUACGUAGAGAUCAUCAGGAAACAAGUGAUGGCCACCAAAGCGGAAGCCGAGCGCGAUGGAGUCAAGGUGCCCACGACUCUGGCCGAGUACUGCGUCCGCACACGCGCUCCAGCGCCCGACGAGGGCUCCGACCUCUUCUACGACUAUUACUACGACGACGACGACGUGGAGGGAGAGGACGGCGACUGCUGCUACGACGAGGACGACUCGGGCAACGAGGAGUCGUGACCUGCUUUUGCAGCAAAAGAUCUAUCCGACGAAUGCUCCUCUUUCUCUCUGCCCGGGUUGCCAGAUCCUCCAGGUUUACAACCAAGAUUGGAAGCUUCCUUCUUCUGAAUCAAUAAGAGCUUUUUUUCCUUGAGCCUUAGAGGUUAAAAGUUGAUGCCUCGCCCUGAGAGGGUCGGACUUGGGAAAGUUUUUGCACCAGCAAAAAACAAAAGAAAAAAAAAAAAAGUCACCAGUUUCUUUAUGUUUCCGGUCGUCAUCAUCACCUAAACCUUACUUUUGAGAGAAUUUCCUAAAUGCUCACAUUUUCCAGUGUUGUUAGAUCAUGCGUUUAGCAUAAAGUGUUGUUAUUGGGUAAGUACCACUGCUAACAAUGACAUGUUCACUGGUGUAACCUCUCCAAAACAUUACUCAGCCUCUUUAUCCUGUUCUCGCGUUUGUACUUCUCUAAUUGUAAGUGGCUGCUGCUCUCUGAUGGAAACUGAAGAAUUCACGUGGCACUGUUUGUGCUGGACAAAGCUCUGCAAAUGUCAAACAUUUCUUAAGUUUCACAGCGUCUCUCUUGCGCUCUCUCCCUCUCUCUCUCUCUCUUUGAUAGGAAAAGACACAAAUGAAUUGUUAUGUGACAGUGUUUUCAAAGUUCUUUGUGCAUGCCAGAGCAUUUUCGAAAGCUUUUCAUCUCUCUCUUACUUACUGAUGGAAUGCUUCCUCCCUCCUUCACGGCCCGGGACGACGCAAAGACUUUGACGUGAUGAUGGAGAAGUCGGCUCCUCACUCGAACAUUUUCACCAACAUGAGUCUGAUGUUUGCUGGCUUUCUUCUGGUUACUGUUGAACAUGUUUCUUUGGGGGUUGUGUUUGGAGUAGUGAGCAUUUUCUCUCUUUUUUUUUAAGGGAAACGGGGAUAGAAGGAACAAUGUUGAUCAGAAUUGUAUUUCUCCUUAGGCUCGGUCUCGGCGACGCCUGACGGACCCAAAGACCUAAAGCAUUGUGUUGAGGAAAACCUUCAGCGUUUUGACUAGUGUUUGGCGUGCUUUUUGUCUUUCUUUGCAUUUUCCUCUCUUGCAAGCUUCAUCAUUAUAGUUGUUUUUUUGUUUGUUUUGUUUUGUUUUUUUAGACAUUUUGCCUGCACUGUUUACUCAAAAGGUUGACCAAGAGAUCUGUAGAUAGUGUUUGUAAGAGGGUGGAGUACUAGGAUUACUGAUGUUUUCACCCCUUCAAGUGGAAGUGUAAAGAAUCAGAUUGCUCUUUUAUUUCUCAUGACUAUUCUUUGUGUUAGUUAAAAGUGGACAGAUUUUGAUAAUAUUUUUAGAGUGUAUGGGUGUCCUGCGUGCAUUUUCUUUUCCUGCCAGCAAUAUAAAUUUUUCUUUCUGUUAAAUUGGGACAUCAUAAAGAAUUUCUCAGGAGAAAAUUACAUGCGACAAAACAAUUAAGACAAGUAAUUAAUUUCCUCUGGUGGUCUUCAGUAUUGGUUUACAGCUUCUGCAGGAACCAUAAUCAAUAUGCACACGUAGCUGUACAAAUGAUCACCAUGUUUUAUUUACCUGUGUCUGUUUUUUAUUUCAGCUAUUUAAAAUUGAGAAAUAAAGAUUUAUUUGAAAGAACAA